CCGGGAUGGAGCUGGGGCGGCUGGAGUACCUGCAGGCCCUCGUCACCGAGUUCCAGGUGACAGACAGCCCAGAGGCCAAGGAGCAGGUGCUGGCCAACCUGGCCAACUUCGCCUACGAUCCCAAAAACUAUGAGUACCUCCGGCAGCUCCAGGUCCUGGAUCUGUUCCUCGACAUGCUCACCGAAGACAACGAGACCCUUGUGGAGUUUGCGAUGGGCGGUCUUUGUAACCUGUGCCUGGAUAAAACUAACAAAGACUACAUCUUGGAGGCGAAUGGGGUAGAGCCCAUAAUCAACUGCCUCUCCAGCUCCAACGAGGAGACGGUCAUGUCGGCAGUCACGACGCUGAUGUACCUGACCACGCCGCAGUCGCGUCAGCAGACCACGGCUCUCCCCGUGGUGGAGUGCAUGCUUCGCUUCUCUCUCUCGGCCAGCAGAAGGCUGAGCAAUCUGGCAACUGUCUUCCUGGAGGAUUACUGCACGCCGCUGCAAGUGGAAGAGGCCAGGAAUCUAAGCAAACACACAGCGGUGGGGAUUCCUCUCCCCAAGGACUGA